AUGCGCGAGCCCCAGGCGCGUACAAAUGUAGUAGAGUUCCUGCAUGAUCUUCCUCACCGCGAGCCGAAGAACGCGGAAAACAUGAAGUCGGACAUGUAUCUCGACGGCCUGAUCACUCUCGGAUGCGUCGCCGCGGGGAUUGGCAUUCUUAUCAUGAUCUUGUACGCAGUGACACGCUGCUGUUGCCGCCGGAGGUGUGCCAAACGCCUCGACACCGUGAGCCGAGACCGCCUCCUCUGGCGAUUAGGAUUCGGACUUCUGGUGGCCGGCAUUCUGGCUGUACUCGUUGGAGCGCUCGCAGGCGUGAACGCGCGGCGCCACGUGAAGCAUUUCAAUAAUCGUGUUGGAGAUCUAGAAGACGUAGUGGAAUCAGCACAGCAUGACAUCGAUUGGGGCUUUCAGGCGCUUGACGAAAUAGAAGCAGCGACAAAGCAGAUCAGUUGCGUCGACGACAUCCAAAAAGAGCUCCUCAAAGUUGUGGGAGAAGCGAAAAAAAUUCUGAAAAAAGGUGAAAAAGAAGUCAACGACAUACUGUAUCCAGUCAAUAGGGCGCGCCGAAAGAUCCAUAUGCUUAACCACAACUUUAUACGAGAGAUGAUGUCGCGUCGAUGGCGUGGGGCGCCCGAAAUUUGAUUUCCACACAGGACUUCUGUCAUCUGGGGCCGACGAAUGUCAUCACAGCUAUGGGCGAUCGUAACGAGUACCUUGCGUACUACUUACAAUGUGAGGGCGAGAACCCGAUGCAAGGCACCUACGACGAGUUCAAAGCGAUAUAUCACGUGAUGGAUGCCGCCUUUAAGCGGGUCAUUCCCGUAGCUGAAGAGAAUGGUAUCUGUACGGGUCCGCCGGAUGCAUUCGCGUCGAUCCUAGCCGCCCUCGACGAAAUCGGCUGGCUCAUAGACGACGGCGGUACUCUCCUCAGCUGCGACUCCGUGCAGCCGCUUGUCCAGAAAUUGACCUACGACUCUUUUUGUGACGAAAUUGUGCAGACGCUAUUCCUUAUCUGGCUCAUCCUCGGGAUUGGGGGCCUGCUGACGCUCGUGGCGCUCUGCAUCGCUCCUUGCGUCACGCCCGCGCUGUUUCCCGAUGAUGACGACGCCGAGGACGAUCCCAAGAAGUACGACGAGGAUCCCGAGGAGGCGAAGGAGCGCGACAGCGUCUCGAGCGCGGGCGGCGACGAGCGGGCGGGCGACGAGCCGGCCACGUGGCACGGGUCGUCGGUCGAGGCGGACGACCUCUGGCCUGGUACCACAGCCCCGGCGCAGGAGGUCUCUCCUCGCAGCAUGGAGCUGUAG